UAAUUUUCAGUCAGGGAGGACUGACAGAACGAGAACGAGGGAGGUCUGUGAGUGAUCGAGAGCGAGAGAGCACCAGCGCCAGACAGUCAAGCCAGCUUCAGCUGCUACCCAAGGAGAGGUGAUGAUGGCGGCAGCUGUGGAAAGAGGUGGGGUUCGUGCAGCCGUCUUGAACCAUGGCAGUGGCGGUGGCGUCUUAUCGGGAUUGGCGGUUACACCAGCGGCACCAGGAGCAGGAGCAGGAACAGCAGUUGGAGCUGGAGCCGGAGCCGGAGGUGGAGGUUCUGGUUCAGGGUGCUCGGGUCCAGUCCCGGUUCCUAUGAACCUGUUCGCUACCUGGGAGAUAGACCGCUCGUCCCCAAGCUGUGUUGCGAGGUUAUGUAGCCUGACUCUGAAAAAGCUGAUUGUGCUUAAAGAACUGGACAAAGAACUCAACUCUGUUGUGAUUGCUGUGAAAAUUCAGGGUUCAAAACGGAUCUUGAGAUCAAACGAGUAUCUCCUUCCACCCAGUGGGCUGAUGGAGACCGAUCUGGAGCUGACAUUCUCUUUACAAUAUCCACAUUUCCUCAAGAGAGAUGCAAACAGGCUUCAGAUAAUGUUACAACGGAGGAAGAGGUAUAAAAACCGCACUAUUCUGGGCUACAAGACACUGGCUGUGGGAGUAAUCAACAUGGCUGAGGUAAUGCAACACCCUACAGACGGAGGUCAGAUUCUAGGUCUCCAUAGUAAUGUGAAGGAUGCCCCAGUCCGAGCUGCUGAGAUCAGUGUGUACUCUCUCUCCAGCCAGCCAAUUGACCACGAGUAUGGCAGCGUGCCAGCUGGACCAAAAACAAAAGCGUCAGAUCGAUCGCCUGACAUUGAUAACUACUCCGAGGAAGAAGACGACAGCUUUUCAUCUGAACAGGAGGCCAGUGAUGAUGCUGUGCACGGCCAGGAUCUGUAUUAUGAAGAAGAUGAAGUCAGAAAAUCUAAGAAAUCCCGGAGGAAAAUGAUCAGAACGACGUCUAUGACCCGGCAACCCAACUUCAAGCAGAAGUUUGUAGCCCUACUGAAGAGGUUCAAAGUUACAGAUGAGGUUCUGGAUUCUGACCCGGUGGAUCAGACCCAGGAGGUAGAAGAGGAUCUGGAUCUGCUUUAUGACAGUCUGGAGGUCUACAACCCCAGCGACAGCGGGCCUGAAAUGGAGGAUAACGAGAGCGUCCUGAGCACGCCGAAGCCUAAACUCAAGCCGUUCUUUGAAGGAAUGUCACAUUCCAGUUCACAGACAGAGAUUGGGAGCCUGCAAAGCCAGAAGAGCCAGAACAGAGACCAUGCCAUUCCUACUGGCGAAUUCCUUGCAUGCGAGAAGAGCAAACCUGCCCCCUCCAGGUAUCCGGAAGAGGUUAUUGUGGAAUCCACACCAGGGGAGGCUGAGGAGGAGGAUUUAGGCACUGGGAGUGCCAGCACCUGGGACACUAGCACAGAUAAACUGACUUCUUCUGUUGGGAAGCUCAGUAAAACAGAGUCCCAGAACCUUGUCUCACCCAGCAAAGUAGAAAUUAAGCAGCACAGACGCCCCCGAAGCACUUCAAUGAAAGAUCGUCAGAACUCGAAAGCACAGAUUGACCGAACAAACAGCGUCGACAGCGAGAGUUCACCAGACUCUAGGCUCAACACACAGGUCCCUCGGAAGUCGGUGUACGACCAGCUGAACCAAAUCCUGAUCUGCGACGAGCAGCUGCCGGAGAGCAUCAUCCUGAUCAAUACGACAGACUGGCAAGGCCAGUAUUUGUCUGAGAUUCUUCAUGAGCAAAAUCAGCCAAUUGUUUCCACAUGUUCAGCGGCGGACGUGCAGGCAGCGUUUAACACUAUUGUUACCAGGAUCCAGAGAUUCUGUAACUGCAAUUCCCAAAUGCCUCAUACAAUAAAAGUGGCUGUGGCUGGAGAUCACAGUUAUCUGAGCGCUAUCCUGAGGUUCUUUGUGGAACAGCUGGCAAACAAGACUCCCGACUGGCUCAACUACAUCCGGUUCCUCAUCAUCCCUAUUGGCUGCCAUCCACUAGCCAAGUACUUGGCAUCAUUUGAUAGCAAAUUCAGCAAUAUCUUUAUGGACACAGCAUGGAGGGAGAUCUUCAGCAAAACAGAGCCACCAACCUCAGAUAACAUUGACAUUGCAGGCCGGGUAAGCCAGUACAUAUUGGGUGCCAACGCUUCCCAUCAGUUUCCCAUCUCAGAGGCCAUGCUCACCUAUAAAAAGAAGAGCCCUGAUGAGGAUUCCUGUCAGAAAUUCAUCCCUUUUAUUGGGGUGGUAAAGGUGGGGAUUGUGGAACCGAAUCUCUCUGCCUCAGUGGAUUCUGAUGAUGCCACAGUAUGCAAUGUUAAUCUGCUGACAUCCCCUCCGACUUCUGCGGGCAGCACAUAUGGGAAAGAGAUGACCAGCACCCCACCCCCGUCCCCUUCUGUUUCCAGCGGACUGUCCGGAGCUGGCUCUCCGUGUUUAGGGGGAGAGGUGAUGGGACUGCAGGUGGACUACUGGACCUCACAGGGGCCAGAGAAGAAGAAGGACGGGGAGAAGCGGGACGUGGGCAUGAAAAAUACUCUGAAGAGCAACUUCCGCUCCCUCCAGGUCAGCCGGAUCCCCAGCAGCGGAGAGCUGACAGCACCCGCCACCAUGUCCAUGACUGUGGUCACCAAGGAGAAGAACAAAAAGGUAAUAUUCCUCAGUAAGAAACCCAAGGAGAAAGAGCUUGAUUCAAAGAGUCAGGUGAUUGAUGGGAUCAGCAGGUUAAUCUGUACUGCCAAACACCAGCACACCAUGCUUAAAGUCUCCAUUGAUGGUGUGGAAUGGAAUGAUGUCAAGUUUUUCCAGCUGGCUGCUCAGUGGCCUACUCAUGUGAAGCACUUCCCUGUGGGAAUAUUGGGAUACACCAAACCAGUGUAAUGCCAGUUACAGCUGAACUUCAAAGGAGUUUUUAAAAAGAAAGGGGGCAGAAAAACAAACAUGCUAAUAUACAGUUUUCCUGUGGAAAUUAUAAACCUCAAAAGCUGUCCUUUAAUUUAUUUUUUAUUUUUAUACACACGCAAAGAACAACUUAUCUCUUUUUUUUUUGG